UGUAACUUAUGCCAUUUUCAACCAGAAACUUUCAAAUUAUAAACUAGUUAUUGAACCCUUAAAAUGAAAUACGUGUUUUAAAUCGAGUUUUUCACAGACUUGUCGGAUUGUAGAGAAAAGUAAAUUCGCAGUUGAGGUGAUGGAUCUUCCGAUGUCCCCAGAAAGAAGCAAAGUUUUAUCUGACAUUGAGCAAUCAAUUCAGAAUGCCCUGGCGUUAUUCAACACUAAAGAUCUUGAUUUGGGAAUUGACCAGCCAUACGUCAUCGAUGAUCCCAUAGUCUCCCUCCACGACCCAAAAACUGAGGAUCCGGAAAAACGCCUUGAAACUUCAAAUUCUCGUAAAUCAAAAGAAGUUAAAAAUAUGUACACGCCAAGGAGUCACUUGAAUCAAGAUGAAAACCAACAGUUUUACGAUGCUCUUCCCUUCACUGAUACCAAAAUGUCGAAGGAGUCUAUUGAUCGUUGUUUUCUACAAGAUCCGGUUAAAAGCACAUUUGAAGAAAUGCAAAGAGUUUUGAAUACAAAAACUGAAACGUUUUCUCCACGGAGUCAAUCGGUGAAUCAACAAUUCUCUCAAUCCCCUAAACAGAUGUCUUCAUCCCCAAAACAUGUUGAACCGUCGCCGGAAGAGAUACUGAACAUUUUUAGUCAAGAUCUAGGAAUAAAUUACAGUCCCAAUGUAACGCCUCGAGUCAUUUACCAAAACAUCAAUACAAACGACUACGCAAAACCAAAAGAAAAGAAGGACAAAAAACCAAAACAGUUAAAACUAAAAGAAAAGAAAGUAGAAACAGGAAAAAGAAAAUCGGCCAAACAAGAAAUUACGCAGAAGGACAAUAAAAUGAAAGAAUUGAUGAAUAUCUAUGGAUGUGGGGACAAGAUGAAGAAACUAAAUUCCGAUUCAACUAUUGGCUCAAAGUCAAUGAGUAAAAUUGUAUCAAGAAAACAAUCUAGUGUCAAUAAAAUUUCGAGCAAAGCAAGUAGUGUAGCUAUGUCGAGAAAAUCAAAAAUCAAAUACAAAAUCACAAAUGAUUUAGACAUGAAUUUCAGUGAGGGGGAUUCAGUACCAAUAGAGAAAUCGAGUAGGCUAAGUACAAAAAGAAAGAAUAAACAGAAAAUUAACAGUGUAAAACCAAUAAAAAACCCAAGUUUGAAAAGAAAAUUUGCAAAUAAACAAAUUGAUGAGGAAAAUUUGAAACCGAGCAAAAAUCUGUCUUCUUACAGGAAUAAAAGUUAUGAAACUCAGAAGAAUAAUGUUAAGACCUAUAAGGACAGUCAAAAUGGUCUAUUGAAAAACAAGAACCUAACACAUUCUUAUCAUAAUCCAAGGGACAACAUAAACAGUCAUAAAACUUUGAAUGUUAACGAUGUAGAGGUUAGCAAAAAGGAAGACUUUACCGUCCUCCAUGCGAUUCCAGAUGCAAUUGAACUUGUAGCUAAAACUUCUGAUCUCCCUUCAGAAACACAAGGUGAAAAACAAAGCACGUCAUUGAACAAACCAUCAAAAAUUGCUGAUGUGGGAAAAGAUCAAAAUAUAACAAAAAAAGUAUCGGAAGAAAAAAAUCUAAACAAACCAGUUACACUGAAGAACGAUGUUCACCAAAGUUACAAAACAGAAUACAACGAUAUGAGUGAUUACGGAAACGAACUGGAACACCCAAACCAGUUCCAUUACACUCUUCCGACCCACUCUUCCAAAUCUAAAGAGGUGGAGAGGUUUCUAAACGGCCAUUAUCAACACACUUAUCUUCCUUUCGUCAUCGGCCAGUCGACGAACAAAAGUCACAACCUCUGGGUAAAUAUUCAAGAGGCGUUGUCACUGAUCAAAAACAACAUCCCGCAAACUAUCGAGAUCCAAAAUCUAUGCAAAGAGAGCGAUAAGGAUAGCGAACGGCCGUUGACAGUUUUGUCUAAGUUUUCGACGAAAAGUAAAAAGCCGCACCAGUGUCCAGCGUUGAUGCAUGACGGUCUUUAUGAUAUUCCGGAGACGAGUCGGGAAAUGGAAGAUGGCGCUAGGUGGGAAGACCAUCCGGAUUGUGUCCAGGCUAACUUGGACCCGAACUUUUGUCGACCCAGAUGUUCUUGUGUUCCCCAGGGAACUCUCAGCUACAAGAAAGUGCUGCAGCAGAUCUUCCUGGGGGAAGACGCGACGGAGGGACCGACUGAUCCAGUGGAUCAAGGAGAGUCGUACACUGGCGAGCUGAGGAAAGCCCUCAUUGCAUUCACCCAGGAGUUUGAAGAUUUAAACAACAAGUAUGACAGGUUACUAUCAGAUCCUGAGUCUUCAAAAGAAGAACUGCAACAACUGGAGGCGUAUCUGGAAACUAAAGAGGAGGAGAUCAGAAAAAUAAUAGCAAGGAUUAAUGAGGUGAAGGAACUGGGGGAGAAGUCUAGGGCAGAGUAUGGGAGAGGCGCUAGUCUGGAAGCGUACCGAAGCACUACGUCAGUGCAGCUGCGGCAGACAUUACGCAGAGUGCAGCAGUUCAAAGAAGACAUCCGCAGCAAGCCUACCACUCGUAACUGGAGCAGAACCUCUUGUGUCAAGAGUUUGUAUUAAAAUUGUACAACUCA